UUAUAAAACGUCCAACGGCCACCGCCGCCGCAGCCACCGUCGAAGGGCUGUGUUGUAAAUCGAUCGGCGGCGCAAGCGCUCGAGUCUCGUAAAUCGGAGCGCGCUCGGUGACUCGCUUGGUAAAAAUAAAAUAAAAAAAUAAACGCGCUUACCCAAGUCCGUCGACCGCCUCAUACCGAGACCCAAGUCGUCGCGCCAGUGUAGCUGCUUAAGCAACGUACACUGGACGCGUUUCGCUGCCAAACACCGAUAUCUUUGGCGAGCACGCUAGUGUGUGUCUUUUUUUUCUACCUUUUCAAUGCAAUUUGUAUCGGUUAACGACGGUGUGUCAGUGUAGUGUUAGCGCGCGCUCCCGUGAACUCGACCAAUUCGUUCAGGGUGCAAACGUUCGCCGGUGAUGUGACAGGAUUCUAGGACGACGAGACGACGGUGUCUCGGACACGAUUACAAUGCGUUUGGCCCGAGAACGCCUGAACAUGCGACUCGGUCGGCGGUGAUACCACUGCGGUCAUUCCCCCGCACAGCAUGGCCUCGGUGGCCGCUUGGUUGCCGUUUGCCCGGGCAGCGGCCAUCGGAUGGGUGCCGAUCGCCACACAUCCGUUGCCGCCGCCGCCGAUUCCUAAAGAUCGGCGAAAGAUCGACGACGAAAAGCUUCUGAUCAACGUGUCCGGACGACGAUUCGAGACGUGGCGAAACACGGUCGAAAAGUACCCAGACACAUUGUUGGGUUCUAACGAGCGAGAGUUUUUCUAUGACGAAGACUGCAAGGAGUACUUUUUCGACCGGGAUCCAGACAUCUUUCGACACAUACUCAACUAUUAUAGAACCGGUAAGCUGCACUACCCCAAACACGAGUGUCUGACUAGCUACGACGAGGAAUUGGCAUUUUUCGGUAUACUACCCGACGUCAUCGGUGACUGUUGUUACGAGGAUUACCGUGACCGUAAACGGGAGAACGCCGAACGGCUGAUGGACGACAAGUUAUCAGAGAGCGGCGACCAGAAUUUGCCGCAGCUUACGAACAUCCGACAGAAAAUGUGGCGGGCGUUUGGCAACCCGCAUACGUCCACGGCCGCCUUGGUGUUCUACUACGUCACCGGCUUCUUUAUCGCCGUCUCCGUCAUGGCCAACGUGGUGGAAACCGUACCGUGCGGACACCGGCCCGGCCGAGUAGGCACUCUGCCGUGCGGUGAACGGUACAAAAUAGUGUUCUUCUGCCUGGACACUGCCUGCGUCAUGAUCUUCACCACCGAAUACCUUUUGCGGUUAUUUGCCGCUCCCGACAGAUGCAAAUUCAUGCGGAGCGUCAUGUCCAUUAUCGACGUGGUGGCCAUUCUGCCCUACUACAUCGGUUUAGGUAUCACCGACAACGAUGACGUGUCCGGCGCGUUUGUAACCCUUCGAGUGUUUCGAGUGUUCCGUAUAUUUAAAUUUUCCAGACACUCGCAGGGACUUCGUAUUCUCGGUUACACGCUCAAAUCUUGUGCCUCCGAAUUGGGUUUUCUCGUGUUCUCAUUGGCCAUGGCCAUUAUCAUUUUCGCAACGGUUAUGUUUUACGCAGAGAAGAACGUGGACGGCACUAACUUCACGUCCAUACCGGCUGCGUUCUGGUACACUAUUGUCACAAUGACUACGCUCGGGUACGGUGACAUGGUUCCGGAGACAAUAGCUGGUAAAAUUGUCGGGGGAGUAUGCUCCUUGAGCGGAGUGCUCGUCAUUGCUCUACCUGUUCCUGUAAUCGUUUCUAAUUUCAGUCGCAUAUACCACCAAAAUCAACGAGCGGACAAGAGAAAAGCGCAAAGGAAAGCGAGACUGGCGAGAAUCAGGAUAGCAAAAGCAUCGUCUGGGGCAGCGUUCGUGAGCAAAAAGAAGGCGGCCGAGGCAAGAAUGGCGGCUCAAGAGUCCGGCUUAGAACUUGAUGAAAAUUACAGAGAAGAAGACAUAUUUGAGCUGCAACAUCAUCAUUUACUACGAUGUUUGGAAAAAACCACCGAUAGAGAAUUUGUGGAGCUUGAAGUACCGUAUAACGUUCAAUCGAAAAGGCCGUGCUCGCCAUCUCCCCUUCUGAGCCCAAGCCAUUCGGCUUUAAGCAGGGUGAACUUCCUAAGCUCGUGCUGCACAAGAUGCUGUAAUCCACGGUAUCAGAAACACAAACGCGAAAGCUCGCCGGAGUCUGUCGGUGAGCCCAUCAACGAAGAAGAACUGAUGGAAGUGCAUAUGAAACGCAAUCAAAAUAUAUCGGGUGGUAAGUCAAGUAACUCUCUGGAGUACAAUAGCUGUGACAUACCACCGUCGUCCACCAAGAAGACACCGGCUGCUAGCGGCAGUGGAGGCGGCGGCGGUGGUGUUGGUGGCGGUGGCUCCACGUCCAUGGUGUCAAUGGGUACCAAACCCAACUCGAGUACGUCGUCUGUGGUGGUUAACCUGCCCGGGUCUUACCCUAACUCCGAGAUAGACUACGGGUCGGCGUCCUACCCACCGUCCCCGUCUCUGUCUUCCACUGAUGCCAACAAACCGCAAGUGCGCAUCACGUUCCUCUAGCGUGUCCUGAUGGCCGUUUUUAUUAUUAUUAUUGUCAUUUAUUUAUUUGUAUUAUGUUUUAUAAUUAUAAUUAUUAUUAUGUACUUCGAUAGAUUUACAAGUAGUGCAUUAUUUAUUACAUCGAAUAUCUAUUACUAUUAUCAUCAAUAUCGUUAUAUAAUUAUUAUAUUUUAUGUAAAUUUAAUCAUUCGAGAGCCCCGUGGUAUUGUUCCAUAAUAUUAUCAGUCAAUGCAUGUUGAACUUAACUUGCUGUGUGGUCGAAUCCAUCUCAAAAAUUAUCAGUUACAUUAUUCUAUGUAACUCUCUAAGCAGUUAAAAAACUUACAUUUUUUAUAAAUUUUAUAAAAAUGUCACAUAGAUUGAUUCGUUUACUGUUCAACAAAUUUACGAGCGUUUUGGGGUUUAUAGAAAUACAUGACAGGUAUAAAAUGUUCAAACAACAAAAAAACAUCAAGAAAAAUGUACAUAAAUAUUCUUUUCAACAAAAAAUUAGAGACAUCCCUGUAGACGACU